ACCCGAAAGCUUUCCCCGCAUUGUGCAACAUGUAUGCUAAUUUCUACAAAUAAAAGAAAAAACGAAAGCAAUUUCUACAAAUAAAAGGAAAAAAAAAAAAAGACCAGGUAAUUGCUUUGUGCACUAGUUUUUUCGUACAAAAUAUAAAACAGAAAAUUGAUAAUAGAAUCACGUAAAUGCUAAUGUUGUAGUAUUUCACUUUAGCCUGAUUUGCCAAAUCCACAUUCCCAAGUGCCAGGCUAAAGUUUGAAGAUCGCAAAUAACAUUAACAAUCAACAAAUUGAACUACAACGAUGAAUUCAGCAGCCGCUAUGUUUGCUAAAUUUUUUGGAAAGUUCAAUCCCACGCCACCGAAUAAUGCACUCCAAGGAAGUGAGAAAUUGACAGACCUGGAAGCAACAGUUUCUGUUCACUAUGGGAUUCCAUCUACAGUGUCCAUUCUGGCAUUUGACCCUUUUCAACAACUCUUGGCAAUAGGAACAUUGGAUGGAAGGAUUAAAGUGAUUCGUGGAUCUAACGUUGAGGGCCUUCUUUUCUCUCCAAAGCCAUUGCCAUUCAAGAAUUUGGAGUUCCUGCAAAACCAAGGAUUUUUAGUGGGUGUGUCAAAUGUAAAUGAAAUUCAGAUUUGGGAUCUAGAGAACAGGAGAAUAUCGUCUAAUUUACAGUGGGAGUCCAAUAUUACUGCAUUCUCCGUGAUCUAUGACACUCAUCACAUGUUUGUGGGAGAUGAAUAUGGUUAUCUGUCUGUUCUCAAGUAUGAGGGAAGAGAAGGAAGCAUCGAACUGUUGCCUUAUCACAUCCCUCCGAAUCUUAUAGCUGGUAAUGGGAGUGCUUUCAGAAAUCUGAAGCUGCUGAGAUUUCAAUGCCCAACCAACUUGCCAUUGUUGGUUUACUUCCCCAACCUAGUUCACAUGGAAACAGAAGUUCGAGCUGCUCUUGUUAGAGAGUUUAAACAACUCCAAUCAAAGGAUGAAAUUGUUGUUUAUGCUUCAAAAAGUUCUAGUGAAGAAAGGUUCCGUGCUUCAUCAGAUAAUCAAGAAGGGGAAAAAGAAAUAAGCUCACUCUGUUGGUUGUCAUAUGAUGGGUCAAUUUUGGCUGUUGGUUAUGUUGAUGGCGAUAUCUUGUUGUGGAAUUUAUCAGUUUUAGGAAAGAAAAGUUCAGAGGCUGAAGCUUCGUCUAGUUAUGUCAAGCUGCAACUCUCAGCAGGAGGCAGGAGACUCCCUGCUAUUAUUCUGCGUUGGUGUGCUAACAAUGCACAGAAUGGUUGUGGGGGCCAACUGUUUGUCUAUGGUGGUGAUUCAAUUGGAUCAGAUGAGGCCUUGACGGUACUGAGGCACAGUCUAGGGCUCCAGAUCCUCAGUAGAGUCUACAGACAGGGUUGUCUCAGAGUUCAGUUGGUGAGCCUUCUUUGCUUCGGAAGGCCUAGUCAUUUAGUUGAGUUUUGUCCACGUGAUACUGGAUUUCAGUUUUCUGUCAUAAAAUCUCCAGUGUGCAUCCUAAAAUUUGUAGCUGUGGGUGCCAGACUUGUUGCAGGUUUUGAAAGUGGCCAGGUUGCCAUGCUUGAUGUUAGUUCAGCGUCAGUCUUGUUCAUUACAGAUUGUUUAUCCAGCUCAAGUUCCAGAAUCACUUCUGUGGCCGUGAAAACAUUGGGUGAUGCUCUUGAAGACACUAUGGAACACUGUGAAGAGGGAAGAACAAAUCCAUAUGUGAAGGAGGUUAUUUCAGUAUUAACCAGAGAUGCAGAUGUAGUAUUGCUUGAUGGCUCCACUGGCAGAAAAAUUAGCUUCCAGGCAAAACACCCAAAGGAGAUGUCUACUGCUAUAUCUCUAUGUAUUUUAGAUGGCAUCACAUCUGUCUCUGAAGAGUCACAAAAGCAUUCCUCAAUGCUAGAUAGCGCUGUGCAGCCUGAAGAUUUGAUGCAGAAGGGUUGUAUGGAUUCACAAAUUUUACUUUGUUGUCAGGAUGGCUUGCAUUUGUUCUCCUUAGGUUCUAUAAUUCAGGCGCCUUUCUUUUACCUCUCACUACUGCAGCAUUUCCUGUUAUUCUCCUAUAUUCGCCAGUUUGUGAUAGAUUAUGUAAUUAUAGGGCGAUAUCAACCCUGUACAUGAAGUGAAACUUGCUAAACCAUGUUCUUGGACUUCCAUUCUUAAGAAUGACACUGAAAACUACGGACUGGUUUUAGUGUAUCAGAAUGGAUUAGUUGAAAUAAGGUAAAGGAUUUUAUUUGCAUCUUUCCUUCCUAUCAAACUCUUCUCAUGCAUACCUUUAGUAGUGAGAUGAACAUUACUGUCUUACAGACAUGUUCUGAUUGACCACUUUUGGUGAUGGAUUUUAUUUUUUCCUGAGAUCACCAAUUAUUUUGAGAUUCAUUUGUCAUUGCUAGAGUAUUUUAUGUAUGCUCGUGGAAAAUGUAAGAUUAAUCUCUUUCUCCAAAAAAAUAAAGAAGAAGAAGAAGAAAGAAUGUAUGGUUAAAAUAUCCAAUCUCUUGUCAAGUCCUUGCUGGAUCUUGAAGUCCUGGGAGAAUUGUCAUUAACGUCUAUACUUGGAUGGAAUUCCAAGAUAAACAUGGAUAAGACCAUAAGUUCUCCUGGUAAAGCGAUGAUUUCACUGGUUGGUACUUUUUUCACUCUAUUUCUCCCUUCCACUUAAAAAUAUAGAUUACUUGUUUAAUCCAGAUACUGCUUGCCAUUUACAUUAGGAACUAUUCUGUUGUCCAUAACAUUUCAUUAGUAUAGUGAAACUAUAUGUCAUAUUGAAACCAAUAGAACUGCUUAAGACUCUGUGGCACAUUCCAGAUUAUAGUUAGGACAACUUCUGACUCUCAUCAUAAUGCUUCUACUCAGUUUACCAAAGCAACAGAACCAGUGUAAUCCCACAAAGUAAGGUCUGGGAAGGGUAGAGAGGCUGUUUGCGAUAGACUCUCGGCUCAAGCAAAAAAAAGUCCAAAGCAGUAUAGAGAAAGAAAUAACGGAAAUGAAGGCAGUCAUGGCAAAAUACCAUAGACAACCUGACAAAUCAUCCUAAACAGUAGUCAUAACAUUAUACAAUGAUAAUCAGUUUAUGGUUGUAAAUAUUUUCUAGACAGUUACAACUAGUUAAUGGUCAAUGACACUGUUUCAAGGUGUCAAGCAGUUAAGAAAAACCUUGGAAGAAUGCAGCAGGAUAACUUGGUACGAUCUAAGGGGUAAUGAUAGGCUGCUAAGGGCUCAGGAUUGACUUCACUCCUGAUUGCGUUUUCGUUAUGCUAAUAAUUUUGCUAGGUGUUUUUUUCAAUUUGCAGGUGAACGGAUCUGAAUUUGCUGUCAUUUCACUGUUGGCCUUCGGAAAUGAUUUCAGGUCUGUCACUCACUUAUAUUCUGUCUUGCAUGGUCAUUCCUAAAAUACUCAGUCUGAAGCACAGGGUAAGAUUGAAUCCCGACACAUUCAUGAGCUUUCUGUUUAUGAUACAAAGGAUGACAAUGACCUGUUUAUAGGAUUCCGGAAGCUUUACCUUCGCUGCAUAAGAAAUCUCUCAUGACUGCUGCAGCUGAUGUCAGUAUAUCCCAACAACAAAAGAAGAAACAGGUUCCUAAAAUGUGAUACCAGGCUUCUAUUAUUUGUCUUUUGCUAGACCUCUUAUAGAACGUGGUUUUCCGCUUUUUCUAGAAUUUUACCAACAAUAUUUUUGGUGGCAUAGUGAAAGGGUUGAAAGGGUUUAAGGAACAGCAUGCUGCUGAUUACGUCAAUGCUCAAGAUGCUCUUGUUUUUCAUCUGGAAAACAUAUUCUGUAGAUUUCCUUUCUCAGAUCCUACAAAUGUAGCAGAUGACCUUGGAAGCCUGGAACUGAAGUUAGAUGAUAUUGAAAUUGAUGAACCUAUCCAUGUUACUUCAUGAUCUCUCAGCAGUGAUCUUGUCAAAAUAGAAAAGGAAACUGAUAGACAGGUCGUUGGAAGGUGGUCCUAGUGAUGUCAAGCCAAUACUAAGAACUCGUGAAGAAAUCGUUGCUAAAUAUAGAAACAAGGGGGAUGCUGCCUUUGCUGCAGCACAGGCAAAAGACAAGCUUGUCGAGCGUCGGGAGAAACUUGAGGUGGAAUGGCGGAUGAAGGUGAGAUGCCUAGUUGGGCUAGAUCCCUCUUGGAAAAUGUGAUGCUAUGAAUAGCCGAUUGGACAAAAUGAUAGAUCGUCUAAGCUUUCCUACAUCCACCUUUCCCAAUCCACCAAAUCUUCAAGCUCCUUUGAGUGGACAUGCUCCAAAUGAACUUCAAGGUAACAAAGCUAACUCUUGCACUCUAGUGAAUGAGGCUAGUAGCCAACUAAGUGUGAAUGAUAGCUUAUCUUUAGGUAAGCCUAAUGUCUCUUUACUUCAUGAUGAUAAUGUACAACUUGAGAUUGUGGAUUUACUAGUUGAUCCUAAUGAUGACAAAAUUGACUCUUCUAGCAAGAUCAAUUUGUGUCCACCUAUGUGUGAAUCGAGUCCAUCACUUGGGAAUGUUUAUGAGGUGUUUAAAGGACCUCAAGUGAUUGGUGAUAUUGAAAAGGUUGGUCGAUUGAAUGGGAGUGACCCUCUAAUUGUUUUUGUUGUUGAUCAUGCUAGUAUAGAGGGUACAAAUGAUUGUAUUAGUUGUAAUCUUGAGGGAAAGAAGUGUUUCCUAAACCCAUAUCUAGACACUCCACCCAUUUGAUCCAGUGAUCAUUUGAAAUAUAGUGGUUCUUCUCUACAUCACUUGGUGCUUGGGCAAGAAGACGAGCCAACCAUGGGUGAGGUUGUUGGAACUACUCCCUAUGAUGGAAAGUCUUUCUUGGAGAUUUCUAAUCUACUUGAGAGGCCAAAGUUGUGUAAGGAAAGGGCCUCUAACAAAGUUGAGUGCUAUAGAGGGGUUAUGAGCAUAUUGAGACUUGGAAUCCAUGUGAGCCUUCAAGAGAGGCUGAUUGAUUACCAUGGUUUCUCUAGCAUACCCCUUUGUUCAAAGCUUUUGAAAUGACCAAGUAGUUCUUACUUUUCUAGGUUAUACACCCUUGAUUGAUCAUUUUGAUGCUUGGUUAUAUCAAAAGUGUGUGCAACCGUGGCAUGAUGUUUUGAAUAGUUGUGCUAACCCUAACCCUCAUGCCAUGAGGAUAGUGUGUUUGCUUGUCUCCUACUGUUUUGCAAGGUUUGGAUUCGAGGACUAAUCAUUUUCAAGAAGGGGAGGAUGAUACAAGCCAAAAGGGCCUUAAAGCUUUUGGUUACAUCUUUCAAGGCCAAUACAAAGAGGAUCAUGCCAUGAUCAAGCCUAGAGCUCAAGGAUGUAUACGGUGGACCUUUUUUAGAUUUCUAAGCCCACAAUGCCGCGUGUGGAUUAUUGCUUGGAGGGCUUGAAGUAUGCUUUGAAGAGCCCGUGUGGGUUAUUUUGGAAAUAGGCACUUUUGGGCUAUUUCUUGUAAUAGGCUAUCUUAGGCAAAGGCAACACUAUAAAGAUGUGCCUUAACCAUUUCAUUUGCAACUUGGAUGAUAUUUUGAGAGAAUACUCUUUAAGAGUGAAUUGUAAGUGUGAGAUCACUUGUGGAAUCGUUUGUGUUGGUUACUUGUUUAGAAACAUGGGUUGCUUGGGAAUUUCAAUUCCCUUAAGGUUCACGUAAGAAGUUGGUGUUUGUUUAUAUGAGUCUUAGGGGUCUUAGCAUUUGAUGCACGUUUUGGUUCUUAUUUCUUGUAUUCUCUUAUGUCAACUUAUCUAUCUUUCCAUUCUUG